GCGCCCUAGUGCUUGUGUGAACAUCCCCAUGUCGUCCGCCCCUCCUCAAAGGCAACCUGAAGAUGGCCAUACAUUUGCCCGAGUGAUACAGUUCAUGAUCAACAAAGCUGCCAGCGGGUCAAUCAAGGAGCUCGACGGACUGUGCAACAUCGCACAACAUUGGAAACCAGAGCAACUUCUGAUACUGCUCCCAGUCUUCUAUCACCACCUUGAUCCAGCUCGCAUCCCCGAUGUGGUCACUUCGAGGGAUGUGAGGAGUGUCAUGCUCGCAAGGUACUCCCUUAAAGGAGUACUGGUCACACUGAAUCGCGUCAAUCAUCCAAGAGAAUUAACGCAGUCGAUACAGACCAUCGCUGACACCCUAAUAUCCAAUUGGAAUCGCUGUCAUCUCUGGGUCAAUUUCUUCUAUCGUCAUUUCUUCGCCUCCAGCAACCCUGCCCGCCUUCCGGGUCUUCUUAUAACUAGAUCAGAAGCUUUGAAGCUAGUUGUCAACAUGUUGAUGCGGAUGAGCCUAAUCGGUGAUUCACAAACACCACAGUCACUCAUCAACACACCAUCUCUACACCCCAUUAUCUCGCAGCUCUGGUGCAUGGCCGUCACCUCAAAGGAUAAUGAUUUUCUCACCGAAGCUGACAAGGUAAUGGGCAGCAAGGAACAAGGGGCAUUCCAGGAGCACAUGUCAUACGUGGUACAGGCAUGUCUGGAUGUCGAUCGUCCUGCUUUUGCGUCCACCCUUAUUCAUGUCGCUGGAGGCAUUAGAGCCAUGGCUUCUAUUACCUCCAAAUAUCUCAGAAAUAUCCGUUGUUUGUACAGGAAGAAGGUCGUUUCUGGACAAAGCAUCGACGAUACAGCUUCAUGCGAUUCUGUCUUUGGGGUGCCUCGUUGGCAAAUAAUGCUCAUUAAUUGCUUUGGGAAUUGUGCAAACCUACUAUUCGUUACCAGUCAACAGAACUGCGCCUUGCGAGAGGCCUACAUCGAUAGAAACCUCGUGGCCAUCGUUAUCUACACCCUUCGUGAUCUAUGUCAACUCUCUCUAACCCUGAAGCACGAUGACUUCGCCAAACACGUCAAGAAGGCGUUUGAGGAUGCUUUAGGCUAUAUUGCAUUACUCAUGGGAGGUCCUGUGGAUGACCUUGUAGCCGUUAUAUGUCAAGCCCUUCGGGCGCGAUUCCUCCCCACCAUCCUUCAAGCUCAUACCUGUAUUCCCGGUGCGGAUACGGCAGAAUGCCUUAAUGCAUUGUUGAUUACUGCCCUUCGUUCAUACCUCACGUUCGACAAGGUCUUGCGGAUCGCCGGGAGCGAGCUAGAGGCUGACGAGAAAUCGCUAGAUGCGAUUGCUCAGCGUGAUACAGACCUACUACAGGCCUGGAAUCUGUUCAAAAAAGAUGUUCGACGUUUCUUGGACCUUAGAAGCCAGAUACCCGCAGCAUCGAUAUUCUUCGAUCGUCAAUGCGCUGCUGUGCAUAACAGCGACGAAUGGCAUCCGCAAUGGGAUUUAUUCCAGUGUUCCAGGUGCACAGUUGCGAGGUAUUGUUCUAGACAAUGCCAGAACAUAGAUUGGGACCAGGGUCAUCGUAUGGCGUGCAAGUACCUCAAAGCUGCCAUCGGCGCGUCUUCCUACGUGAUCUCACGCGUUUUGCAUACUGAGACAUUCACAGGCCCGAAUACUUCACGAUAUAUCAGGAGGAGCCUCUUCCUUUUAGCCAAGAUCGAAGAUGCUGAAAUUCAGUCCCAUCGAGAGUUUAUCUCUCAAUUAUCGGUGACCGCUCAGGCAGAACACCCGGAAUUCCAGGAUCGUCUUGUUCUUGAGAUUGAUCCUGUUGCAGAGGCACCCACAGACAAAUUCAAAUUCAAGCCGGUGUCAAACUAUCUUCAUAUCUUUCCGGAGGCAUCGGAACGUCCUUGGCAAGUGGCUAGCAAGUGGCGCCAGUCUACGGGACUGCAUAGCCUUUCCUUGCCGCCUGUGAUACGUAUUCACGAGGGAUACGAGAUAACGAAUCGACCGAAUUUGCUCUUCAGCCCAUCAACAGCGCUCAGGAUGGCGUUUAAAGAGCACGGAUUAGAUGCCAUCGUCAACGACAACGCCUCAAGCGUUUAUUAUACUGGGAGUUCCCUGUGAUUGUACGUACUGCACUUGUUCCGCUGCUGUUCUAUUGUAAUAGUAUGAUUCACUUUCUGAGUUCGUGUGUCGUAGUUACUCGCUAUCUGGGAAUUUCAACUGUACCAUUGGAUGAUUGUAUACCAAAUUACACUGUAGUUAGAAGAUACGUUAGCGUAUGAUAUAGAACGACGUAUCUAUUCUCAUCGAGAUUAAUAUUGAUGAUGCAAACGUGACAACUCA